GCCGGACCUCACGCUGCUUGCGUCGUUAGAACUUAUUACACAUGUGCACCUGAGAGUGAGCAACACUUUCGACAGUCGUGUGUUAUAUGCCUUCAACAUGCUUGAGUUUCGGACACAAGGCUACCAAGGCUAUAGUGUCAAGUACUCGCCCUUCUUCGACUCGAGAAUUGCCGUGGCUGGAGCUGCGAACUUCGGCUUGGUGGGAAAUGGCAGACUGUACAUACUUGGAUUGACGGCCAACGGAAUUGUUACAGAGAAGUGGUUCGACACCCAAGAUUCCCUAUUCGAUACCACAUGGUCCGAGGCGCAUGAGAAUCAGAUCCUAACUGCUUGUGGCGACGGAAGCGUAAAGCUAUUUGACAUAUCGCUUGACCGGUUCCCCAUACAAUCGUGGCAGGAGCACGGGCGGGAGGUUUUCGCCGUGCAUUGGAACUUGGUCACCAAGGAAACGUUUCUCUCGAGCUCGUGGGAUGGAACCAUCCGGAUAUGGAAUCCGAACAUGCCAGCGAGCAUUCUGACAUUGCCGACGCACUCAUGUACAUAUAGCGCACAGUUCUCGCCUCAUUCGCCAAGUAUAUUGUCCGGCGUCAGCGCCGACAGCCACCUUCGAAUAUUCGAUCUUCGAACGCCGGCCUCGGCAGCAAAUCACCUUAUCCAAUCGAUACCGAUACACACUCCUCCAAAAGCACGGCCCGGAAUGGCCCCUGCCAUGGCCAUUCCGCCAUCCGAGUGUCUAACGCACGACUGGAACAAAUACAGGGACACAGUUAUAGCGACCGCAGGGGUUGACAGAAUGAUACGGACAUUCGACAUGCGUAUGCCUGGCCAGGGUCCUCUUGCAGUGCUUCCGGGACACGACUACGCCAUCAGACGCAUCGCGUGGAGUCCCCAUCUGUCCGACGUUUUGCUUAGCGCCAGCUAUGAUAUGACUUGCAGGGUGUGGACGGACGGCACUGCGCUCGGUGCCAAGGCGGAGUUGGGCAAUCCCAUGGCGUUCGGAGGUGGUCGAGAGAUUGGACGGAUGGGGCGACAUACUGAGUUCGCGACUGGCGUUGAUUGGUGCCUCUUCGGUGCCGAGGGCUGGUGCGCAAGCUGUGGGUGGGAUGAAAGAGUGCUCAUCUGGGACGUGAGAGCGGUUAUGGGAUCAUGAAAAUUUAAAACACAUAAUCGACAAAAAAUAGACGGUGGGAUCGCGAGGUACAUUUCCAUGCGUGACCUGCGUCGCCCCGGAAAAAAGCACUUGAAUGCUCGAAAUAGUAAUUAAAGGGACAGGCUGAGCACUGGUGGGGAUCACAGGCACUCUGCUGACCAUAUUUCAGCGUAAGCUGGAAUCUAAAUGCAGGCCACAUUGGCUCUAGGCGACAUGUCGACCUACGUGAUAUCUUCUCAGGCUCAGGAGCUGGGAUGGCUCACUGUUCGAUAGGAAGGCUCUCCAUCUUGCUCUUUGAUAAGGUAGACAAGAGCUACGUCUAAAAUGUGCAGCCAGGCGCGGUACGACGGAGAAUAAUUCCCGCCCAACCAUGCCGAAACCUUUGAUGGCAAAAGGCCCGGCUUUUUGGUGUCCUUCGACUCGAUUCGGGACGUAUGUAAUAUCAAGUCUUUAAUUCGACGACAAACCGGGGCUCUUCAAAUGCUUGCAAUCGGCUUCUACUGGAGCGUGUGAUUCCUGAUUGAAAUAUGUUGUCUACGUCUAGGCUAGCGUGCUAGGAACUUUUGUACUGAGC